AUGGGCGCCGCGACCUUGACGAUUGCCUCGGCCCCAAAGCCGCAACUGCCAGUCCGGUCGCAUUCUUCACCUGACCUAGUGUUGCUCUCUUCCCACUACCCUCUUUCCGACGCCGCACCAUCCAAGGGUCUGCUGCCUCUGCCCGACUUUAAUGUUCCACCGCUGGAGGACUCCAUCUUUCUCAAGCUCAAGGAUUCUAGCAUCACAACAGUAUCGAGCUUACCGAACCAUACUCCGCGCGCAUCCCAAGAGGCCCCGACCACCGGGGCCGGCAGCGGGAGAAAGACAGAUGCCCUCCGACCUCACACAUGGAGACCCCUGCGGAACGAUGAUGACCUUGCCGAUAUAGUAACCCCACCCCAGUCGUAUCCCGAGACGGCAGACUCAGCCACUACAGUCGACCUUCCUGAUUCCACACGACUGCAGAGGUCAAGAACCGCUUCUGGCUCAUACGUCAACCUGGGGAGCUUAUCAUGGCUCCCCGGAUCGCGCUCCCGGAAUUCAUCCUCGGAAGACGAACGCUCAGAGAUACCCGAUGGGGCCGCCGAAGACGACAAGGUUCUGUCGUCGAGGCGCAUAUGGGGCCGUGACAAACCAGGCCGGGGCAUUGGGGUGAGCAAGUCUUCCGAUUCUCUCAGUACAACGACACGCGCUCUCAACAGAGCCAGCAUCUACCUCACCAAGAUCAAGCAAAAACCGCAGACCGUCUUCGUCAGGAGCGGUCUAGGUGGGGGCCUGACCAAACGGAGCUCCGAGACAGCACGCGGCAUCAAAGAUGGUGCAAGCAGUGCUUAUGCAUCUUCCACGGAUGUUAGUGCAGUGGAUGAGCUGGCAAGCACGCCUAUCACCGGCUCAGAGCGCGGCUCCGAGAUAACGGCGGCUUCGACCGUGAGGGACCCUCUGUGGUCUCCCUUUCGAGACUUGGAUGGCGCAUACCAUUCAUUUGUGGGCAAGCAGACUACUGCUCAUCGCAUGACCAUUGUCAAGACGGCGUUAGUCCCGUUUCUGAAUCGUUAUGCCUGCGACCCUUCCAACAAGGACACGGAUGCCCUCUCGCCUGAGGACGUGGAGCGCCGCGCCACCAUAAUGGGAAAGUGGUGGGCUGUCAUGCUCCAGCUCCUCGACGAGAAUAGCGGUCGUGUCGCCUGGGACCAGGGUAUAGCGACAAUCCUGCCCCCGGAGUCCACCCCGGAGCCUCUUGCCGGCCUCGACCGCCCAAUCGUACUCGGCGCGAUCACGAUGCUCAUGACCAGACCAGAGUGGCGACUGGGCACACCUCACUUCCGCCCACUCGCCGAACGAUGUCCUUCUGAGAAGGUGCGGGCACGCUCGGACUCUGGGGCUUUGUCCCUGAGCGAUACCUCAUUCAUUGCUCGAUCGACCGAGCGAAACGUCCACGACAUUUUUCUAUCAAAUUUGCUUAGCCAGCUCGCCGUCGUCAUAAACAAGCUCUCUCUCAGGAAAGCCCCAGAGCCUCUCAUCACCUUUGCAGGCAAGACUUUAGCGUAUGGAUUCUUCUUUGUGCCGGGCGUAGCGCAAAUAGUUGUGCGCUUGUGGGGGCUUGACGCCAAGCCUAGCCUCAUCACUAGGGUUGUGGAUGAGUUUGGGCUGCCCCGGACGAGUCUUGGGGAAAGUGAAGAUAUUGUUGCUCUAUUCCCUCCGAGCCUGGGUUCACUGGGCUACUCAUCCGUCAGAGCGCUGAAAGAGAAACUUCGACGCCCCCCUAAAUUCCCACCUCAGACACUCUACAUUCCGUGGUAUGGGCCAUGGGUAUCAAGGUGGCGUGGUGGCGACACCAACCUCUUCUUUGUCUUUUGCAAGCACUUCUACAUCAUAUCCGAGGAGUUUAUGCCAGCCGGCCUGCCCCUUAUCGAGAAAGCACGCGCACCGGCAUUUGUACUCAUACACGCGCAGCUACUCUCUAUCUUUGAUGAUACCAUCAACCGCCAGGUCGCCUUCGAGGCUCUGAUGCGACCGUCAUUCCCCGAAUCCAUCCAUGGGGCCGAUGCAGCACUUACGCACAUGGGGCAGUUGCUCCCACAUGCUAACAUGUUUCGUGAUAUGGACGAGAACUGCGUCAUCAUGCUGCUGAGAGAUCUCCUAUUGACGGGUAACUGUCUUAGCGGGGCGCGGUUUGCUUUCGCCGAAGCCUUCAUGUGCCUCCUAAAAGCUGCCACCAAGCGGACGGGCCAGUACGAUCACAAUGCCCAGCACCUCUUGUGUGAUUUCCUACAAGAAGCUCUCCUAAUCUACCAUGCGGCCCCCUCUAGCCCUGGUGACGGAGGAAACCCGACUCUGCCCCGGAUGAUGGACUAUGUCGAUUGGACUUUUUGGUUCGACGUCUGUAAGAGGAUGCUAUCCAAUAACAAUACCAUGUCCGAGAUAAGAACUCUGUCGUUUUUAUUUUCAACUUGGGAUAUAAUAGCGGCGGACCCGAGCCGGAAGGAGGCAUUAUGUGUGGAUUGGCUACUUGACCAGGAGGUUUUUGCAAAGUUUUUCUGCAACUGGUGUCCCAUGGUCCGGGCAUACUAUCUGAGGCUCCUUUGUUGGAGAAUUUGCCGCGACUCCGGGAGCUCGAACGAACUGGACACCCGGAUCUGGAUCUUGGUCUCUAAGAGACUCAGGGACACAUAUUCGCAUUACCUUUGGUUGAAACAAAAGGCGGAGCGGUCGGCGUCGGCCCCCCCUUCAACAACCCCGAGUCUGCCACAGCCAGGCAAACGGUUCAUGAUUGUGCGCAACGAGGUCAUGGGAGCAUCACACCAAGGUCUCCUGGCGAGCCCUUGGGCGAGUCCACAAAGAGCCAACCCGCUUCUGCAGGCUGACUUUGGGGACUUUGAUGGCUACAACUCGCAAAAUUUUACGAUGGAAAGUAGCGAUAGUGUGGACAAUAUUAGGGAUGCGCAGUCCAGCAAGCGUUGGUCCCUUUUAGGGAGAUUGCGAGGCCUCAACACGCCGGGCAGUGAGGGCAGGCCGCGAAGCUAUGGCGAAGGGCUGGAAAAGACACGCAGGGACACGGUUGUGUCACGGCAGUACUCCGAAGGGCCACCCCUCCCGCCUAAGGACGACAACCCAAGCCGAGCCCCGUCGUCCCCAUCGGACUCGACUGGUUCUGCGCCCAUUUUUGACGCGGAGCAGUAUGUUUUCAGGUUCGCACUCCACAACAUACCGUGGCACAACGGCGUGCCCGCCUAUCUUAGAGAACAGGUCAUUACGCGGCCCAGACUGCCUGCUCCAGCACAGGCGAGAGUCAGUUCGAAGCUGGCUUCUGCGGGCUAUCGCGACGAAGACUCUCUGCCCUUGUCGCCGGGUCGUCCGCCUCCUACCAGGGCCAUCUCGGGCUGGAUGCAGGGUGGCUUGAUCUCAGAAGCCAGGAAUGCCCAAAGGAAGUCUGCUUCAGACGACAACACGCAGGAAUGUCUCUCUCCAGGUUUGGAGUCCCGCGGGAGGCCAUCGUUUGGUGGCGACACCAGCUCGAGUGAGUUCAGGCUGAUCGGAGAGCUUCCUUUCGAGAAUUCUACGACUGCCGCCCUCAAGGCAGAAACAGGUCGUCUGGAGCAACCAAAGCCCAAGGAUGGGGAAACCAAAAUCUUGGCCAUCGAGCCUACUGGAGUACACAAAUCAACAUCACGUUAUGCGGGGCGUGCGCUUGCAGAAUGGAGCUUGGUCGUCAGCGAGUGCAACUCGUUCGUCGAUCGACGACGUGAAGAGGGAGUUCUUGGUCUUAAGGACGUUGAGGUCCCAAUUCUGGCAGCCGAGGGCUUACGUAGGGCUGGAUAG